CAUGCGACUUCUGAGCACACUAUGGUACGUGAAACCCCCCAAAUUUGUGGUCGCAAUAACUCACAAAUAUCGUUAGAAAAUAAAAGCUCUUAGUCGCCCCGUUGCUUCGGCGCAGGCUCCUGGGUCUGAUGUCGCCAGACAACCCCGCAACCUCGAUCCAGCAUUACAUCCUUUCGAACGCGCGAGAGAAUAUACUCGAGCACUCAAUGCUACCAAGAUGGAGCGUAUGUUUGCGGCGCCAUUCAUUGCGCAAUUAGGGAAAGGUCACGUCGACGGAGUCUAUACCAUGGCCAAGGAUCCGAAUUCUUUACAGAGAUUUGCAAGUGGAAGUGGUGAUGGGAUUGUCAAAGUAUGGGAUUUAACUACAAGGGAAGAAAUCUGGAAUACAAGCGCGCACGAGAAUAUUGUGAAGGGGAUAUGCUGGACACGCGAUCAGAAACUUUUGACAUGCGCCAGUGAUCGAGCAAUUAAGCUAUACGACCCGUACAAUACAACCGCUGGAGCAUCACCAACUGCGACUUGGCUUGGAACAAAUGCAUUUACAAGUUUGUCACAUCACCGAUCAAGUAACGCUUUUGCUGCUGCCUCUGGGGUAAUUUCGAUAUAUGAUUUGGAAAAGGGUUCGGCGCCACCAGAUGUUUUAAAAUGGCCAUCUGCUACGGAUACAAUCACUGCGGUCUCUUUCAAUCAGACAGAAACUUCGAUAUUAGCAUCUGCUGCAACAGACCGAUCCAUUGUGUUAUACGACCUACGGACUUCAAUGCCCUUGAAUAAAACGAUACUAAAUUUUGCUUCAAACGCGAUUGCUUGGAAUCCUAUGGAGGCCUUCAAUUUUGCGGUGGCAAAUGAAGAUCACAAUAUUUACAGUAGGUUUUGAUCAAUUGUGUUUGCAGGUAUGGCGCUAACGUAUUUAGUUUUUGAUAUGCGAAAAAUGAACCGAGCACUAAAUGUACUGAAGGACCAUGUGGCUGCUGUGAUGGACGUGGAAUUCAGCCCUACUGGCGAGGAGCUUGUGAGUGCUUCAUACGAUCGAACUGUUCGGCUAUGGAGUCGCAUGAAGGGACACUCAAGAGAUAUCUAUCACACCAAACGAAUGCAGAGAGUAUUCUCUGCCAAGUGGACCCCUGAUUCCAAGUAUAUCCUCUCCGGAUCUGACGACGGCAAUAUUCGAUUGUGGCGAGCAAACGCAUCCAAGAGGGAAGGAAUCAAGUCUGCAAAACAACGUCAAGCUCUCGAAUAUAACGAGGCUCUAUCAGAACGAUAUGCUCAUAUGCCUGAAAUCCGACGUAUCAAACGUCACAGACAUAUCCCCAAGGUGGUCAAGAAGGCUGGUGAAAUCAAAUCCGAGGAACUCAAGGCAAUCAAGAGAAAGAAUGAGAACGAACGAAAGCACACCAAAGCACAGUUCAGGAAACGAAGAAACGAAAGGGAGAAAAUGGUUCUGGCUGCAGAAAAGUGAUGGAGUUGGCUUGGCUUGACUUGGCAUACAUGCUAAACAAAAGGAGUUUUGGGAGAUAAAUGUAGCAUUUGCAAGGAGUUGGCGGCGAACGAUGAACUUGAGGAAUACCAAAAAGAAUGUAGUACAUUAGUUAUUAAAUCUAUAAAUAUCUCAGUCUAA